UAUGUACGAACUCGCUAUUAGAUCACAGUCAUUUUUCACAUUUGACGUAGAAAGUUUUGUUGUCUACUUGACUACUUCUAUCAACUCAUACUUGUUGUGCGACACGCAACAUCAACGGCAGGAAAGAUAACACACAUGUGCUAGUACAAGUAUGAUCUUAACACCAUGAUUGCUUAUAGUUGGUCACUCCAUCAACCAUGAAUAUCAUUAUUUUAUACACGCGCUUGUGUGAAGUUUAGCAGCCAACCGUACGGUCGAUGCCAACUCGAUACUUAGUUGACCACCCUUGGGUAGUCAGAUAUCAAAUCAAAAAUUUUACACAUCAAACUCACACUUUCUAGUUUUUAGGGCAUCUGGGGGUGCAUCAUUGUGUUGUGUAAUACGUUGGUGUGCGCUCACCCUUAUAAAAAGGAAUCACAUGUGUACGUUGUGUUCUUUGUAAGUUCCCCUCUAAAAUCAGUAUAUACAUCACUGACUAUAUCGUUCGUUUAUUUGAAGUUAUAGUUCAUAGUGUUGCUACCUUAAUAGAUUCUUCAUACGGUCUGGUCUCUAAAAGCUAUGAUUCUGAAUGUCAUGAUAAAUCAUUUAAGACAAGUUUGUCAUGAAUCUCUUACUAAGUUCAAAGCCCAUGUUGCAAUGUACAAGGUUUACAAACCACAUGCUCUAUCAAUUCGGACAUUCAAGAACAAGAACGCUCUUUAAACAGACAACAACAACAAAAAAACCACUCGAUGGACUCACCCAAUCGCUGGCACAUGCAAGCCAAAAUUACCUUUUAAUCCCCUAAAUCAUUCUAAUUAACUUGAGAUAUCGAUUUAGUUCAUUUCCCUCCUGAAUUUACCUACAACUUGAUAGUAAAUGGAUCUAAUUAACUUAUACACUACUUACCAAAUAGAUAAAAAUUUGGCAAAUCCCCAACAUCAUUACCUUUUAUCCGUAAUCAUGCAACAUUGCUCUAUGGUUUAUUGCUCUGUAAUCAGGACCUAAGUGGUUCAGGCUUUAUGGUGAACAACAUGCAGACAUUGUCGGCUUGAUCCAGGCUAACCCUAAAGUCUGCUCACCGAGUACAUAUGUGGCAGGUUGAUAUGGUACAGAUUUGGCAUCAUAUAUUUGUCUGGUUUGAUAUUUGAUCUGGUGAUGGCGUAACCAGUAAAAAAAAGAUCAAAAGGUGAAAGAGCAGAGAGUAAAUAAGUCAGUCAAUAAAAAAGUCUGUAUUGCCCCUGCACAAACGGACGAUCCGAAGAACAGCACAAACAACCCAUCUCUCUCUGCAUCGCUCUCUCAACUACUCCCGAGUAACGAGCUCUCCUUCCUCGCUUUCCUUCUCUGUGCAAAGAACCAAAUCGACUUUUGUGAUUAUUAAUUCAAAAUACAAUGGGAAGAAUGCUCGUUUUGGUAAAGCAGAGUUAAAAAAAUUUUACAAAAGAAAAAAAAAAAGUUGCUAUCCGUUUUUACCAUUUCCAUCUCUCUUUGUGUCAGCAGCGAUCAGGAAAUUGUUUGCAGCUGGAUUUUGUUUUUUCCGGCUCUGUCCUUCCCUAGCCUUCUGCUCUCUUCAUAAAGAGACGAUCUCUCUUUCUCAAGUGGGUUUUUCCUGUGUCUUCCCUCAGCCUGCUGUCGUGUCUUCUCUCUGGGAAUCGUUUAGAUAAGGCAAAGGUAAGAGUGAGCUCUUCAAUCUUCAACAACUCUGUGAAUUGCUUUUGAUUUACUGCCGUUUCUCCUUUCUGGGUUCUUGAGGUUCUUCCAUUUCUGUGGUAAAAAUCGUUGCUUUUGGGUUGAUCAAUCGCCAGGAGCGAGUUACUAAUGAAAGGGGUUUUCUUUUGACAACCAGGAAAAAAAGUUGGGUGCUUGGUGAUCAUGGCGAUUGUUGCUGAGAAUGCUGGGGCCAAAAACGGGGUCACCACCCAGAAUUUCGACACCACUGUAGUGGCAUCGGACCCGAAGGAGACUAAUUAUCUCGAGAAAACCAAACCCGUGGACGAAUCUGUGGUGAUGAACGGUAGAGACGCGAAUUCUCACACCGAGAAUGGUGAUCGCGGGGUUGGUGACGGCAAGUACGACCAGCCACAGCGCGUGAAUGGGAUGACAGCUGCUGCUGGUUCAAGGAUGGGCGAGAACGGCGGGACCCAGAUGCCGAAUGGGUUCGAUAGCAGUCAGCAGCAGCAGCAGCAGCAGCCGAUGAUGGCUGUGGCGCAGUCUGAUGGUGGGUUUGGAGGUGGUGGUGCCAAUCAGAUGAGUUUUGCUAAAGCUAAUGGUGCUAAUGAUAUGAAUGAGCUGGUGGAGAUGUUGUCCAACUUGAAUCCCAUGGCUCAAGAGUUUGUGCCUCCUUCUCUGGCUAACAACAAUGGCUUUUGGGGGAACGGCUUUGGGUAUGCUAACAAUUUUGGAAUGGUUAAUCCUGUUGGGAAUGGCAAUGUAAAUACUAAAAGGAGGAACAAUUUUAAUCAGGGACGGAGAAGAAACAACAGUAGGAGAAGUAUGGCUCAGCGUGAGGAGGUAAUCAGGAGGACAGUAUAUGUGUCUGAUAUUGACCAGCAGGUUACUGAAGAGCAGCUCGCGGGUCUAUUUGUGCACUGUGGACAAGUUGUUGAUUGUCGUAUAUGCGGUGAUCCUAAUUCUGUUCUUCGAUUCGCUUUCAUCGAAUUUACUGAUGAAGAAGGUGCAAGGAUUGCUCUAAAUUUGUCGGGGACUGUGCUUGGAUAUUACCCACUAAGAGUGCUGCCUUCCAAAACUGCGAUUGCACCUGUUAACCCGACAUUUUUGCCAAGGUCUGAAGAUGAGCGGGAGAUGUGUGCUAGGACAAUAUACUGUACGAAUAUAGAUAAGAAGAUAUCUCAAGCAGAUGUUAGACUGUUCUUUGAAACUUUCUGUGGAGAGGUUCAGUGCUUGAGGAUCCUCGGAGACUAUCAUCAUUCAACUCGUAUUGCUUUUGUCGAGUUUGCAAUGGCUGACAGUGCAAUUAUUGCUCUGAACUGCAGUGGCGUUGUUCUGGGAUCUCUGCCCAUAAGGGUAAGCCCAUCAAAGACCCCAGUGCGCCCUCGUACUCCUCGACCAUCGAUGCACUGAUGCUGAGAGAGAAUGAAUCAUCCCUCUGUGUGAUGCAAUGCCCUCUGGAAACUGAUCAAGUUGCUCAUAGAAGUAUUUAUAGACAUCCUUAUAUAUAUAUAUAUAUAGAAAGCUGAAAACAGAACUUGGGUUUAUUUUGCUCCUCCUUUUGUUGCUGCGGGUUGCAUGCAUCUCAUCUCAAGCUGGUAACUUUCUCAGAAAACCCACAAGGGUGUUUGGCGGGAGAACAAUUGUUUAUUAUGGGAUGUUGAGAUGUUGAGGUCAUGUCAUAGGUAUUAGAGAGCUCUGGAUGUGAUUUUGAGGAUGUGAAUAGCCUUCGUUUUCCUUUUCCAACAUUUGGGGGAAGUGCUGAAAGUCUUUUGAUUAUAGCUGCUUGUCAAUUCAUGCACAGUGGUUUGGCGGUUUAUUAAGCUGCAAAUUAGGCGCUGCUAAUUGUGGUCUCUGGAACAGUUGACAGUCACUUAGGUGGUAAUGAAAGUGACAGAAUAUU